CCACUGGCCAGCAUUGGAGACACGAUACCUUCAGUACUGGACCUGUGGUAGGUACCUGUGGUAGAACAUGCUUUCUAUCCAGAUUUCCCUACCUGAGGCUGUAGGACAAUGGCGCCAUUGAAGCGGCAGCACGGGUGGCAGCACCCUGUCUGUCCGUCAACAGUUCCUAUACCCGACCAAAACCUUAUAGCGGUCUGAUGGCCCGCUGCCUGCCAGUCUUUUGAAGGCAAAAAAGCAAUACGUUGGAAGUCUAAAGCAGGAUUUGCAGGAUGGAUGCUCCACGCACCGAUAAUGAAUCAACUCGGCUGGUCUCUGAGCUGACUAGCGCACACGAGCAGGCCCUGCAAGACCCUCAUGGGUCAGCUGGGCAAGGUCCUGCUGAUGCUGCUUCCCUUCAGCAUCCAACCACCACUCAGGAAAAAGCCGCUUUGAUAAACUCAUCGUUCCUGAUGGCCCUUGUUCUCAAGCGAGCAGGUUGGAGUCAUGACGAAGUUGAUAGAUGGAGCCUUGACAAGGCUUGGUGGGACGGGGUUGAAAAGCGGAGCAAUGUCCUAUGGGAUGAGAUAUUGCGCGCUCGUAGACAGUGCGGAUCGAAUGGGCCCUGCCCCCAGCUGUAUGCAAAAUAUUUCUGGCCAAAGGAUGCCCUGAAGAAGAGAUUUAGGCAUGAUUCCCCGGCAGCUUUCAACGAAAAGUUCAAGGACAAGUUCUUCAAGGACGAGAUCACAAUGCCCACUCCGAUGACAAGGGAGAAGCUGACUGUGUCAUUCUUGAGGAAGCUGGAAGCAUUACAAGAUUUUGGCGGCGAUCUCAACACCGGGUGCCUUUGUUACACUGUGACACCACGCACCCCAACAACCCCAGGUAGCUUGCUCCCAGGGUAUGCCUGCGUCUUCGACUUCAAGGACGAUCUUUGGGUGCCAAUGAAAAAGCAACCAACGCCAGGCAGUCUCCAAGAAGGGGCUAGACAGGAAGAAUUGGUGGGUGUGGCAAAUCACGGGCUAUCCGGGAUGCCAGAGCAACGGAAUCCAACGCCCUUCGAGCCAUGGAGCCAGAAGCAACAACGGGGUAGUAACAUUUGGGCGCCUGGGAACGGGGCGAACAGCAUGGCCGGGCAGUUAGAGGCCACCUGCACGAGAGAGGGCCUCAACGGGGAAAAUACGAGAAGCGGGUCUGCACCUUCCAGUGUUGGAAGAUUCCUUAACCUGAAACCUGAGGCCCUGACUUGCGAAGUUUCGCAGCCAGUGCGUACCUCAUCCGAGCAGGAUGUCGGUGGAGACAAUUUUUCGUCUGGAGGAGUAGCUUGGGCAAGGGGAGGCGAAGUUCGGACACAGAGCUUUUCCGGGGAAGAUGGAGCGAGCGGUGAUGCGAUAAACACGGUCAUCUCCCGGCAUGGGAAGAUUCUACCCAUGUCCAAGCUUCUUGAGGACGUCGCUUCCUACGAUAUCCAGCCCCUUGUCGCUCAGAUGAUGAUGUCGCUCCAAACCGGUCCAAGGGGGUCAGCCAAAGAGGUUCCAGUUUGGUUCCCUCUAUCUCGGGAGCUAUACCGUGGGCGAGCGCAAAAUUUGACGAGAGCGGAUCUCCUGGCAAUUCUGGAUGCAAUCCUUGCGUACCUGGCCAGCUCCAACGAUCUCGCACCGAUUCAGGUGUUGCUUCAGAAAGUGCAGCAGACGCUGGACGAGAAGUGGUCAAGGUUGAGACGCUUGACCCUCAUCGAAGAUGCCUUGACGCUCCUGACGUUGCAGACGCCAGCAGAGACCUCAACGAAGCCUUCACCUUGCAACCCAAUGAGCGGGCCACCUCCAACAGAGUCGCGGAGGGCUGAGUCGGAUGAGAGCCUGCGUCCGCGGGCUCGACGGCGGUCUCCAAGCCUUGUAGUUAAGAAACCCUUCAGGCUAGGAAAGAAAGCAAAAACCUCGUUCGACGCAGACCAGCUCCUGGCCGAGGGACCCAAAUGGGAGUCUCUUGGGACUGGGAGUUUGACUUGCCAGAGGACCUCGACGUCCCUAGGACAUCAGGCUAGCUCUGGCGCAGUUAUCGGAUUCAACCACUUACCAAACGCGGCCGGGGUUACAGCCACCGAUGCAAUUCAGCUUGGGCCCGGGCGGGCAUGUAGCUGAAGCCACCGGCAAGGUUUAGCAGAUAUUGACAUGCAGUAUUUAUCCACUUAAUGAUCCCCUUGAUAAGGACAAGGGUCUCUCACGCUGUAAUACAGUAAACAACUAUUAAAGCACAUCGGACACUGAUUAUCAUGGGUUGCUCUGUGGAGAGGUAACGUGGAUGGCUAUUUGUUCGUAGUAUGAUGAGUCUGGUCUUGCACGGAUAGAUUAUGUACAUUGAGACUGAACAUCUUGAAGUUCUAGGUUGAACAUAGUGUACGUACAUCAACGAAAUAGCUCGACUCUGUUCUAAUACAUAUUAGUGUCAACCGACGUGUUGGAUUGUUAGGUACACACGCUAGCCUCACUGACACGGAACAAAAGAACCGUACAUACCCGUACACUCAAGCGUUGGGUUGCAUACAAUUGAUUUAAUCAAUGACAGAGUAUCCGUGACAGCUUGGGAAACUGAGAUGCCUCUGGUCGCGCACGUCUG